UCUCCCUUUGUUUUUAGGAGUGACAUAAUAUAAACACUUCAUUUGCAUAAUCUAAACCUCUCUUGUCUGUUGUAUGUAAUACGUGUAUACACGUAGCAUAAAAUCUCCUUAAUAAAUAGCUCUCCAACCUACAUAUGGCUUUAAAUUAAACCCCCCAUGAAAAUCACGUUCUCAAGUUCACGUCAACUUCGUUAUUCUUUUCAUCAUUAUCGUCCCACUUCAACCUUGUCCACAACUCGCAACUUUUAGAGCUCUAGAAUCCCCGUUCCUUUCUCUUACUUUCCCAAAGGUCCAUUACAACCACAACUUAAUAACUUGUACGACAUCUACUGACAAUAUUCUUAAAAGGCUAGCUACAUUAUAUAGCCUCGUGUAUAAUAUAAUUAGUAGUAUUGAACAAGCAAGUGAUACUCACCGAACCAAUAUAAUGAGUAAUUGCUUGCAAAGCUGGCCUGAGCCAAUUGUCCGAGUCCAAGCACUAUCCGAAAGUGGCAUUCGAGAAAUCCCCAGCCGGUUCGUAAAACGUCCAGUAGACAGACCAUGUUUCAAGGAGACAACAUCCCAUGUUAAGGAAGAAAAUAUUAAUAUUCCGUUGAUUGACCUUGAAAACUUGAAGUCAUCCGAUGAAUCCAUUCGCGAUGAGACUAUGAAAGUCAUUUCACAGGCUUGUCGCGAAUGGGGUUUCUUCCAGGUGGUGAAUCACGGCGUUAGCCAUGAUCUCAUGGCUAACGCACGUGGUGUUUGGCGCGAUUUCUUUCAUCUUCCGUUGGAAGAGAAGCAGAAAUUCGCGAAUUCUCCGGUUACUUAUGAGGGGUAUGGAAGUAGACUUGGAGUGGAGAAAGGUGGCAAAUUGGACUGGAGUGAUUAUUUCUUCCUUCAUUAUCUUCCUGAGCCCUUGAGGGAUGAGAAGAAAUGGCCUUUCCUUCCCAUUGCAUGCAGAAAAGUUGUUGCUGAAUAUGGAGAAGAAGUAGUGAAACUAUGUGAAAGAUUAACAAAGAUCUUAUCAAUAAACCUGGGAUUAAGUGAGGAUUAUCUACACAAUAAGUUUGGAGGAGACAAUGAAAUAGGUGCAUGUUUAAGGGUAAAUUUUUACCCAAAAUGUCCACAACCAGACCUAACACUGGGCCUCUCUUCACACUCUGAUCCUGGUGACAUGACACUUCUCCUCCCUGACACCGACGUCGCCGGCCUCCAAGUCCGCGGUGGCAAUGACUGGCUAACUGUUAAACCUGUUCCUAAUGCCUUCAUUGUCAACAUUGGAGAUCAAAUUCAGGUAUUAAGCAAUGCAAUCUACAAGAGCGUGGAACAUCGAGUGAUCGUUAAUUCAGCAAAAGAACGUGUUUCUCUAGCAUUCUUCUACAAUCCAGGAGGUGAUAUACUCAUCAAACCUGCAGAUGAACUUGUGACGGAAGAUCGACCAGCAUUAUAUUUACCAACGACGUUCAAUAAGUAUCGAGCUUUUAUUAGAACCAAAGGACCUAGUGGAAAAUCUCAAGUUGAAUCACUAAAAUCCCCAAGAUAAUUUAAUUAUAUUACCUUUUAUCUUCUAUAUAUAGAUUACUAUUUAGGAAGUUAUUACUGUGGUAUAUGCCAAUUGGUUAUAAACAACAUAGUAAAAUACCCUAUCUGCUGGCUGAGCUUUUACUUUCUUGUAAUAAUGAACAAGAAGAUAAUAUGUACCAUUUUGCGCAUUUUGUUCA